AUGGCAUAUCCCCUACAAUUAGGCUUUCAAGAUGCCACAUCUCCUAUUAUAGAAGAGCUCCUACACUUUCAUGACCAUACAUUAAUAAUUGUAUUUCUAAUUAGCUCGCUAGUCCUCUAUAUUAUCUCAUUGAUACUAACAACCAAGCUUACACAUACAAGCACAAUAGAUGCUCAAGAAGUAGAGACCAUCUGAACGAUCCUGCCCGCCAUCAUCCUAAUUCUCAUUGCCCUACCCUCCCUGCGAAUUCUUUAUAUAAUAGAUGAAAUCAACAGCCCCUCCCUUACAGUUAAAACCAUAGGACAUCAGUGAUACUGAAGCUACGAGUACACUGACUACGAAGAUUUGAACUUUGACUCCUACAUAAUCCCUACCCAAGAGCUAAAACCAGGAGAACUUCGGCUACUAGAAGUUGACAACCGAGUAGUUUUACCAAUAGAAAUAACUAUUCGCAUACUAAUUUCAUCAGAAGACGUACUACACUCAUGAGCUGUCCCAUCCCUAGGUCUAAAAACUGACGCUAUUCCAGGUCGACUAAACCAAACAACCCUAAUAGGCACACGACCUGGAUUAUACUAUGGUCAAUGCUCAGAAAUCUGUGGCUCAAACCACAGUUUCAUGCCCAUCGUCCUCGAACUAGUCCCACUAGCAUAUUUUGAAAAAUGAUCUGCAUCUAUACUGUAA